UUUACUGCACGGUAUAACAAUGCUCCCGCCUCGCUCGCAUUCAUUUUCUUCUGCGUACAAACUGUUUCUUGUUCUUUUCACACUGCAUAAGCUGGAACAUCUAAUCUCCUGUGCAAAGCGGCCUGUCAACACUUUCCCACCAUGUCUGCCAAUAGGAGCCACUUUGGAGAGAAAAUAAGAGUUUUCUUCCUUGGCGAUGAAGCCAAAACUAAGGAAGAAAGGCACCUCGUGCAGAAAAUCGAUUUCUUCAUUCUGACAUAUUGCUGUCUAAGUUACUUCUUCAACUUUCUAGACCGCGCAGCUUUUGCCAACGCCUAUGUUGCUGGACUUCGCGAGGCUCUCCAUAUGACGGGCCACGACUACAACACUGUUCUUUCGGUCACCACUGCAGGCAUGGCCAUUGGUCAGAUUCCUCAUGGACUGAUCAUCCAGAAAAUACCUCCGCGCAUCUGGCUGCCUUCAAUGGUGGUUGUUUGGGCCUGUCUCACGAUGGUCAGCGCUGCUGUCAAAACCGUCACCCAGCUAUGCGUCGUACGCUUCUUUCUCGGACUCACCGAAGCCAGCACAUAUGCCGGGACGAUCUACAUCAUUGGCUCCUGGUAUAAGCCAAGAGAGAUUGCAAAGAGAACGGCAAUCUUCACCGCGUCGGGCCAAGUAGGCACCAUGUUUGCCGGCGUCAUGAUGGCGGCGAUCUACAAGGGCAUGGGUGGACUCGGGGGCCUCGGUGGUUGGCAAUGGGUGUUCCUCGUCGACGGAAUCAUCACGUUGCCGAUUGCGUUUUUUGGCUUCUUCUACUUCCCAGACAUCCCUGAAAGCACAAAAGCCUCUUACUUGAGCGAAUCAGAGAAGAAGCUGGCAGUCAGCCGCCUCCCACCCAUCAAGGAAGGGGGGCACAGCAUCAGCCCGCUCUCGUUGAUGAAGCGGCUGCUGUUGUCUCGUACAUUCUGGAUCCUCCUGUUCUGGUCUCCGGUUUGCGCCACUCUGGAAGCCUGGGCCGUCCAGAACAAUUUUCUCAUCUGGCUGAAGUAUCAGUCGAGCCACUUCACGCAGAGCCAGAUCAACACGUACCCUCUCGGAGUUCAGGCCGUUGGCAUCGUGUCAAACAUGCUUGCAGCAUGGCAUAUGGAUGCCACGGGAACCCGCAUCCCAAUGGCAAUACUCGCCGUCGUUUUGCAGCUCGUGUGUGCCAUCGUCCUCAUCAUCCCCGACAUUCCUUUCGCCGGCACAUUUUUUGCCUUCUAUCUCUCUGGAACUGCCUACAUGGUCAAUCCCCUCAUCUUUGGCUGGGCGAGUAUUAUCUUGCAGAGGACUGGCGACGACGCAGUGCGAAGCGUCACUGUGUAUUGCAUGAACAUCGGCUCUAUGACCCUCUACACCUUCUGGGGAAUCGUCUUCUACUCGGCCGACGAAGCCCCGUACUGGAGGAAGGGAUGCAUAGUCAUGAUUGUCUGCUGCUUCGUCAUGCUCGGAUACAUGUGGACAGUAUGGAAGCUUGACAAGCAAACGCUUAGAGAGUUUGUUCAACCUUCGAUGCAAGAUGCGGAGGCCAGGGCUGCGAUAUCCGAGAAAGAAGCGGGCAUCGAGAUGACAGGCAGUGGCGAUGGGCGAAAGAACGUGGCCUCGGAGAAAGUUGAUGCAAUCUAGGAAAAAGAUGCUCGUGCUCGCGAGUCACCAGCAGCAUCUUUGGACAGUGAAGGCUGCAUGCGUCUGACUGUGGGCGUGUGCUCAUACAACGGUUAUGUUGAUUAUUUAACAAGACUGAGCGCAAUUCUGAUGGUUGUAUAUACUGCUUGCGCGUGUCUCCUCCACUUUCGCGCGUCUCUUCCAUUUUCUGCCUUGGUCGGAGGACAGGGUGAGGCACAUGCAAUAAUUCUUGCAACCAGAACCAAUUCCAUUUGUGAGAAUGGUAGAUAAGGCUGCGCGACAGGGCGGAAGUCACACC